UGACGCUCUCUCUCUCUCUGGCUGAGCCGUAUGAGAAGAGAACAUAACAAAACAAAGAAAGGCAAUGGAUGUACAAGAUACCCCUAAAACAUCCUCAAAGAUCGGUACAUCAUUCAGUCUGAUCAAUAUACAAUCCAAAGCAAACACCUCAGCUCGGGAUGAAAAUUUAACCGAGCUGAGGAUCAUAGAUUAUUUUAAGCAGAGAUCACGGCCGGCGUUUCAAAGCUCAGUAAGUGUAUAUGCUGCGCAGUGUGACAAUUGCCGCAAAUGGAGGGUGGUUAGCUCACAAGAAGAGUUUGAAGAAAUCAGAAGCAAACUCAAUGAGGAACCAUUUACUUGCAGCAGAAAACCCCAAGUUACUUGUGAUGACCUUGCUGAUAUAGAGUAUGAUGCCACAAGAACCUGGGUCAUUGACAAGCCUAACCUUCCAAAAACACCAACUGGAUUCAAGAGAAGUUUAGUGCUUAGAAGAGACUACUCCAAAAUUGAUGUUUACUACAUCACUCCUUUGGGGAAGAAAGUGAGAACUCGAAACGAAGUAGCGGCCUUUCUCAAGGCGAACCCUGAUUAUGAAGGUACUGUUUCUCCUGAAGAAUUUUCCUUUACAGUACCAAAGAUAAUGGAAGACACAAUUCCUGAUGAUAUUGUCCCUAAGAAGAGCUCAGCGAGUGCUAGUACCAAAAAGAAGCUUAAGACAAUGCAAACCGAAGAUCAAGAGUGAGUUCUCCUUAUUCUGAAUCCAAGUUUAGGUGAAAUGAACUUAAUUUGGUGCAAGAUUUUUAUAGGGGUCUGAAUGGGCGGCGUUUUAAGGGCUGGUUGCCAUGUUGUGAUUUUCUUUAAUUCUUUUCUUUUCUGUUUAGAAUAAGAAACUAGGCAUAGAACAGAUUCUGUAGAAUGAAAGAACCAAAAUAUACCAAAAUAUACAGUCCAGCUUUUUCAUCCAUAACAUGUUACUUAGUACUACUCUUUAUUUGCCUUUUGCCGGUUUGAAUCCGUCAACUUACAUAUAGGGGAGUGCCAAAACUGAGUAUAUUUUAACUUGAUGUGUUUUUGUUUUUAUUUUUAAUUAAUAAUUCAUGGUGCUUCUGUA